AUGAGCGUAGUUGGACUUGAUAUUGGGAAUGAGAACUGUGCUAUAGCAGUUGCAAAGCGUGGUGGUGUUGAUGUGUUAUUGAAUGAUGAAUCAAAGCGCGAGACGCCUGCUGUGGUGUCAUUUGGUGAGAAGCAAAGAUUUUUAGUGUUCAGGAACACCUUUGAAACCAGUGAGGGCUCUCAUGGUGGUAUUGUGAUACAUUUAACGUACUUGAGUAAGAUAUGGAUCUUUAGGCCUGUGGAGAUUUUAGGGAUGCUAUUCGCACAUCUGAAGAAAGUGAUAGAGAAGGAUAUUGGGUCCCCCGUUGUAGAUUGCGUGAUUGGAAUUCCAUCAUAUUUUACAGACUUUCAAAGGCGUGAAUACCUUGAUGCUGCAUAUAUUGUUGGAUUAAGACCUUUGAAAUUGAUGCAUGAUUGUACUGCAAUUGCAUUAGGGUAUGGUAUAUACAAGAUUGAUUUCUCCAACAAAAAAUGA